CGAAACGCGAGUUGCGUAGAUAUUUGUAGUGUUGUCCUCGUAGGGUUCGUCUUGUUAUGAGCCGUUCUCCCAACCGUCGAUUCCUUCUCAAUAGAACGGUGAUCAAACCCAUAAUCCCCGCUUUGGACCAUAACACCCUAUGCCUUUUCUCUAUUCUCCGUCCCCAAACGAAGUAUUGUCUGUGUCUUCCUCCUGGUUCCCUAUCCCAAAGCUGCCCUUCUUCUUUCUCUGUGUCUCUCUCUACGUCAAAGUUUCAUCGGUUAAUUUGAAAGGUAAUUUUUGGAUUUUUGGGUUCUUCUUUAGGUUUCCUAAGGUAUAAGAUUUUGAUCAAAUUGUGUCGUUGAAGGUGUUGGGCUUAAUAGGGUCUCCAUUCCUUACAUUCAAGGUUAAGGUCAUAUCUUUUUAUGGAAUUUGAAUGCCAGGUGAGUACUGAGGUUUCUAAGAAUUUGGUAGAUUGUGUAGACAAUUCGUUUGGACAACAAGGGGAACCAAAUCAAUUCAAUUCCAAGCUGGAAGCUGAAAACCUUGGCAUUUCAGAACAAACAUCAGAUUCAUAUACUGAAAAGGAAAAAAUUGCACUCUCGAAACCUACAUUGAUCAAGAAACCAAACUCGGACUCUUGUGGUUCAAAACAGUUUUUGUCUAGUGAUGUUGUUCUUAAUUCUCGUAGGUCAAUCACUGACCUUCCACCAGCCUUGUUAUCCGAAAUUCUGAAUUUCCUUGACCCAAAAGAGCUAGGUAUGGUUUCAUGUGUAUCAACGUAUCUCUGUAGGCUUGCGUCUGAACACCAUGUUUGGAAGGAUUUUUAUUGUGAGAGAUGGGGAAAUUCAACAGUUCCAACAUCUUUGGGUUCAGGAGUUUCUGAUGAGAUGUCAUGGAAGGAAUUUUUUGUGGAAAGGGAGUUUAGGAGUAAGACUUUUAUGGGACGUUAUAGCAUUGAUGUUAUGUAUGGCCAUAAUGAAGCUGUUCUUACAGUUUUCCUUUUGGCUUCCGCAAAGCUCAUAUUUACUGCUGGGUAUGACCAAACUGUAAAAAUGUGGAACAUGGAAGAAGGGUUGUUGAUUGCAUCUUCAAGAUCUCUUGGUUGCACUAUCCGUGCAGUUGCUGGAGAUACAAAACUGUUGGUUGCUGGUGGUACUGAUGGCUUUAUCCAGUGUUGGCGGGCAGUGGAAGGCUUUCCACACUUGUUUGAUAUUAAGGGUCCUCAAAACCAAAAUACCGAGUUUCGACUAUGGGAGCAUGAGGGGCCCAUAACUUCUCUUGCCUUGGAUCUUACCAGGAUUUAUAGUGGUUCCUGGGACAUGACUGUUCGUGUAUGGGAUCGUUUGUCACUGAAGUGCGUAAAGGUUUUGAGACAUAGUGAUUGGGUUUGGGCACUUGUUCCUCAUGAUCUUACAGUUGCUAGCACAUCGGGUUCAGAUGUUUGUAUUUGGGAUACUAGUAGUGGGAGACUGAUGACCAUUAUUCAUAGUGCUCAUGUUGGUAACACCUACUCUUUGGCACGAAACCACACAGGGGAUUUUCUAUUUACCGGAGGGGAAGAUGGUGCAAUACACAUGUACGAAAUCACUAGUCAAGGCCUUGAGACUAAUGCAUUAUUUGUUGCGACUUGGGUUCCUCACUCAGGUUGUGUCUAUUCCCUUGCGUUUGAGUUUCCAUGGCUUGUUUCUGCUUCUGCUGAUGGGAAACUUGCACUAAUUGAUGUGAGAAAGCUUCUAAGGACUAGAAAGCAUGAUUCAGGGAAACGUUUUUCAUGUGUUAAGCUCGUGGACCGCAGUAGCAUGGAACCCCCACAGAGGAUGUUACAUGGAUUUGGGAAGAAUCUCAUGUCAGUGGGCAUUGGUGCUGAUCGUAUUGUAUGUGGAGGUGACGAAGGUGUUGUUAGGAUCUGGAACUUCACAGAAGCUUUGGAGAUUGAGCGGAGGGUUUGUGCUUUAAAAGCAAUACGGUUGGAGAACCGGAUGAGGCGGCGUAAGCUUCAUUUAGAAAAUAGCAGCAAAGGCAGUAGAAAUGAUCAAUGUUCAGUUGCAGCCAAGAAGAAUCCAGUCACUGGUGACAGGAUUGGUUGGCACAGUAAACGUGCAUUGAGUGGCAAGCUGAAGUCAUAGUAGCAGAUAGUAGUUACCUUGUAUGCUUCUAAACUUUACUACUCGCUUACUCUUAGGAUGAUUAUGCAUCAGUAGAAUACAAUUUAUGGUUUAAGCAGGUAAGCAGACUAAUUGUAGAUUUUUCAUUCUAUAUUUGGAUUUACAGUGUUUCUAGCCAUCUCAUAGAUGGGGUUUGUUGCUUUUUAAUGAUAUUCUAUUGUUAGAUGGCUUUAUUAUGUUUUGUUUAAUGCUAUUUUUAAAAUCUUUGACGCGUA